AUCGAAGACUUACUUCUGGUUCAUCAAAGUGUUUGAAAGAAAAAAAACCAUUAUGCAUUUCAAAAUUGCUGUUGUCCUAUGUGCGUUGUACUUCGUGACCAUGACACAGAGCGUCGGAGUCAAUUUGGUACAAGUCCAACUGAUUGUUGAUUUAGUAAAAGAAUCUGAAAACACUGUAGACGAAAUUCCCCCUGAACAAUUCAUAUCAAAGUUAGUAGAAAUGGGCGUGGACAAUGUGGAAGGUUGGAAUUACGAAGCAGGUACGACAGACGGCCAAAAAACACAAAGUUUAAUGGUAUAUCUAGCCAAAAACAAUAAGACCGAAGACAGCUGGGAGUUCACAAGUCUAUCAUCGCAAGAAGUAAUCGUUUACUUAAGCCUGUUCACAUAUCAUGACAAACAAGGCCCCGUUGUUGAUGGUCUAGUUAACCAUAAGGAAUUAGAAAAUAUCUUUAAUGGUUUAAGAUUAAAUCGAGGCGAGAUAGGAAAUUUGGCGGUGUUUUUAAAAGAUGACGAAACGGUUAAUUUCGCGGAGUUCUUAUUGGCCUUCUUGGGAAUAAAAUUUAGAGGCAUAGGUGAAUUAAACAGAGGGCUAGACAUGAGUCAGAUUACAUUUCUGAGCAUUAACAUACUACAAAACAAAAAUAACGAUUAUAUUGAAUCCGAAAAAAUAAAAGAGUUCAUCAAUUGGUUACCAAUAAUUUCUGGCGUUCAUGAUGCGUUGGAAUUUGAACGCUUUCAAAAGUGGCCCUUAGAGAUGCAAGAGCUGGUGGUUGUUUCAGCAGAAUACAACACAACGGCCAACGAUAAAAAUGGAGUCGUCAUUUCUACCUCUGAAGUUAGAGGUCAUAUAUGGAGUUUCGCUGUUAGCGAUACAAACCGUGAUGGUUUUCUCAGUCGGAAUGAACUUGACGAUGGUGUCAAGUGCAAGGACUUCGAAAGAGAUACUGUUGUAUCUCUUAUGAAAGGCGAUAGAAAUGGCGACGACAAACUUGACAUCUUGGAGAUUUUCGCCUUGAUAUUUAAGACGCUUGAGGAGUAAAAAGUUUUGUGAGUUUUUUCUGAAUUGAAAAUAUUAUUUUUAUUGAUUUACUUACAUAUAUUUUUUGGGGGUGCUUUAAUUAUGGAUUAUACUUUUUAAGUUUUACGAUUCUUUUCAAAACUGUAUAAUUUUACACAUGUAUUUUAAUUAUUUAAUAAUUGUAGUAGUUGUACAACGAUUUUAAUCUAUAUUAAU